AUAGCUGUGCUCCAUCCACCCAAGCUUCUUACUUAUAAGCUCAAUCUCACACACAACUUCUCAUCCAUAAAAAAAAAAGAUUGCAAAGCUUCUGCAUGUGAAGGUUUCAAAGCUGCUUAAUUUAUAUAGAUCGUAUCAGAUCAAAGACACUAUACCAUGGCCGAUGGUAACAAGGAAAAACAGCAGCAGCCAAUAUCCUCAUUCUGCCUCCACGUCACAGAAUGCUUCCAAGACGGCAGUCCAAAGCUGUCACGCAAAUCAUCAAGCCCAGAUAACUUGGAGCAUGAAAAACUUGGACAAAGAAAACCUGGUGGCUGGAAAGCCAUGCCUUACAUCUUAGGAAAUGAUACUUUUGAGAGGUUGGCUUCAUUUGGGCUGUUGGCAAACUUUAUGGUCUACUUGACGAGGAUGUUGCACUUGGACCAGGUUUCUGCUUCCAACAUUAUCAACGUUUGGUCUGGUUUCACCAAUUUCGCACCUCUCCUCGGUGCCUUCAUCUCCGAUGCCUAUGCUGGCCGCUUUCGCACUAUUGCUUUUGCUUCCUUCUCAUCUCUUCUGGGAAUGGCGACAGUUACUUUAACAGCAUGGCUGCCGCAGCUGCAUCCUCCAGCAUGCAGCGCACAGCAGCAAACAUUAGAUCAGUGCACAGGUCCAACCAGAGCUCAACUGUGUGCCUUGCUAUUGGGUCUAGGAUUUCUAUCAAUAGGCUCAGGGGGGAUUAGGCCAUGCAGCAUACCAUUUGGCGUUGACCAGUUUGACCCAACCACAGAGGAAGGCCAAAAAGGAAUUAACAGCUUCUUCAACUGGUACUAUGCCACGUUUACAGUGGUUUUGUUGAUCAGCCAAACUGUGGUGGUUUACAUCCAAGACAAAAUCAGCUGGAGUGUGGGCUUCGCGAUCCCAACUCUGCUCAUGGCUUGUUCGAUUGUGCUUCUGCUUGUUGGAUCUAGGGUUUAUGUGCAUGCCAAGCCGCAGGGCAGCAUGUUCUCCAGCAUUGCACAAGUUCUUGUUGCUGCUCACAAGAAACGGCACAUUAAGCUUCCGGAAGAAGCAGGAAUGGUAGAUGGCAAAUUCUACGAUCCUCCAAUCAAGGGCUUUUUCGUGCCCAAGCUUCCUCUCACCAACCAGCUCAGGUUCUUGAGCAAGGCUGCUGUAAUUUUGGACAAUGAUUUAAAGCCAGACGACGGUUCUCCGAUCAAUAACUGGAGGCUCUGCAGCGUUCAACAAGUAGAAGAACUUAAAUGCGUAAUAAAAACAAUCCCAGUGUGGGCUUCAGCCAUCGUCAGCUUCACCUCCAUGACACAGCAAGGAACAUUUACUGUCUCCCAAGCCCUCAAAAUGGACCGCCACCUCGGUCCUCACUUCGAAAUCCCAGCUGGCUCCCUCGGCGUCAUCUCCCUGCUCACCAUUGGCCUCUGGCUCCCGGCCUACGACAGGCUCCUCGUGCCAGCCCUCAGAAAAUUCACAAAGCACGAAGGAGGGAUCACAGUUUUGCAGAGAUGUGGGAUUGGGAUCAUAUUUUCAGUCCUGUCCAUGUUGGUGGCAGGGCUCAUUGAAAGAGAGAGGAGGUCUUUUGCUCUUCUGCACCCUAAUGAACACGUGUCAUUCGCUUGGUUGGUCCCACAGCUGGUCCUGAUGGGCCUUUGUGAGGCGUUCAAUAUUAUAGCGUUGAUUGAGUUUUUCAACAGGGAGUUCCCUGACCACUUGCGAAGUGUCGGAAAUGCCCUUCUGUCUUGCGCCUUUGCUGGUUCGAGCUACUUGAGCAGCCUGGUGGUGAAUAUUGUGCAUCAUGUGACUGGAAGAAACAAGCGGCCGGAUUGGCUGACUAAAGAUAUCAAUGCUGGGAGAUUAGAUUACUUCUACUUCCUCCUUGCAGGGAUUGGGGUCCUGAAUUUUUUCUACUUCGUUUAUUGUGCACAGCGAUAUCAUUACAAGACCAAAAACGUAUACAUAAUAGAAGAGAAACCCUAUGCUAAUCAAGUGGAGCUAGCUUCAACGGAUGUUUGAAGUUGGCAGCCUAUAUAUAAAAAUUCUCUUAUGCAGGCAUCCAGACGUUAUUAUCAUACGGACGUCAUGUAUCUUAUACUAUCUCUCUCUACUUCAUGCAUCUGUAUGAUAAUAACGUGCAGACAUCCAGAUAAGAGAAUAAAUAUAUAUUGUCUUAUUAGUGUAUAGCUAGCUAAUUAAUUAUUAUAGUUUUAUGUUGUAACUUUAAUUUGGAGUGCUACAUAUAUAUGUCGUAUAAAUGUAUAAGAAUUGCAAGAAUAAGAACAUGCAUCCUCUUUCGAUCUC